AUGUCCAACCUGGAGACUUCAGCAAGUGAGGUUAAUGCCAAGCCUUCAUGUCUCUUCGCUCCUUCCUUGUCAUCACUGUUGCUCUCCCAACUGACUGAAGCUUGUUCGAACGUCACCUCUUCCACUCUUCCACCACCACCUCCCACCUCCACUCAUCUACAACAACCACACCAACGUCCUCCUUACCGACCACCUCUGCACCUCUGGCCAUCCAUACUACCCGAAACCCUUUGCAAACCUGCCAAAUACACCAACCUCACCUCCGACCCUGGUCGUCACUACCUCAAAUCAGUCGCGAUGAUGAUUGCAGGCGCGCUUUGCCUGAUGGGCAUCCUCUCCCUCGCCUUUGGCCAGCUCACUACAGCAUCGGAUCCGGCAGUCAUCGUGAUCGAGAAGCGCAACCCGGACCUGAAGAGCGCGUACUACAACACAACCGUCAUAGUCCCAGUUGACCGGCCUUUCGACUCUCCAGUCACGAUUGUCGACCCGAAGCUGCUGUUCCACUUCUACUUGCUGUCGACUGGUCCAGUGAGCUGUUCACCUCUGUUUGAUACGGUCCCGGCAACUCCCUUCCCUACCAUCGUUGGUCAGUCUUUCAACCACUACUCGCCUGUCGCCCCUCCACAAGCUGCCGCCGAUCUCAACGAAGCGAGAUUGAGAUUUUGGUGCACCGAAAAGCUGUCAGUCAAGACCCCAGCUCGUCCACGUGGACUUCCUUACGCCGACGUGAAUCUGGAGAAGACCGAAAUCAAUGGCACCGUGUUCAACGAGACUCAUACACUACAAAUUGGUGUCGUAGGUGUAUCGAGUUACCCGGCCAAUCUCCCCAGCGAGGGCGUCUCUCAGCUGAUUCUGACGAACAUCUGGGGUGUUGAUCCAAGCACUGUCACCUGCACACCAACUUGGACUUCCACCAAUGGAACACUGCUUGGCAGACCAUUCGGCAUUGAUGAAUCAAGUGGCCGUCCUAGCGAUGAACAAGGUAGCAUCGGUGCCAAGUUCAGUCUCGUCUGUACCACACCGGAAGCUCCAGGCUCGAAUAUCCGUCAGACCCUUGCUGUCCAAGAUCCAGCCAUGAGCGUUGCCACAGAUCCAAAGAUCGCCACUGUUCUUCAAGAGCCACUCGAUGGCGAACUGCAAGGAACCAACAUUUCGUACACCGUCCCAAUCCAGCAGAGAGCGAAGAUUCCUUCCAUCGGCAGCUCGCGGUUCUACCUUUCAAAUACCACAGGAAUCGACGUCAACGCUGUGACGUGUACGACUACCUUCGAGCAAGGAAGUGUACGUCAGGAUGGAGGCGAGUUCAGCUUGACAGUCUCGAACUGGUCGCCAAGUUUCGUCUCAAGCAGUGCGCUUGCAGAUGUCAUUAUUCUCUGUGAGGAUCAUCUUGCACACGGCAUCCCAGGGGUUGCGAGAGACAGCGGCGAGGAGCAUGCGAGGAUCAACCGCCGCAAUGUCUGA